UGCAUCACAUAUAACCACCACACGGCACCACCACCGCUCCUCUCCGCUCCUUCAACACAGAGCGAAGCAAAAAAAAAGGUAGAACCAAACACUGCCUUAGUAUUUUUUCCUCUGUGUCUAUGAGAGUUGAGAGAGACUGAGAAGAAGAGAGAUCGCGGUGAAGCUCGAGAUUUGAGGUUAUAGCAGUAAGAAAACAAGCACAUUCAGUCUCAGAUCAGAGCAGGAAGAACAGAGAAAACGACGCCGUUUUUGGUACCUUGAGGUGGGAAGGAGAAGAAAAAAUGACGCUGUUACCUACUACUGAUUGCUAGCUACCCUUAUCUCCAAGUGCAUUGCUUAAGGGGUGAACUGUGUUCACCAACUGUUACUCGAAACGUCAACGUUUUACUUGGAGAUAAGGCCAGAGUAUAACGAUGGACCUACUGCUGUCUUUUUUUAGCCAAAUGUAACUGCUUUGGUUCUAACAGCCAAAACUGUCUUAUAUUUUAGGAAAGCAAGGCCAACUAGAAGUCCAAAGGUUCAGUUUGAGAAAUGGGGUCGAUUGGAGGGGCAGAGCUUCCAAAGAUGGAGAAGAUGCAAUUGCCAAGUGCCCGUGAAGAAAAGAUUCUUGUUUUGGUGAGGUUGAGGCCCUUGAGUGACAAGGAGAUUUUGGCUGAUGAAGUUGCUGAUUGGGAAUGCAUCAAUGACACCACCAUCUUAUACCGGAAUACCCUUCGUGAAGGUUCCACAUUUCCAUCUGCCUAUACUUUUGACAGAGUAUUUCGCGGUGACAGCGCUACGAGACAACUAUAUGAUGAAGGAGCAAAGGAAGUUGCUCUUUCAGUUGUCAAUGGUAUCAACUCAAGUAUCUUUGCGUAUGGGCAAACAAGCAGUGGAAAGACAUACACCAUGAUGGGAAUAACAGAGUAUACAGUAGCAGAUAUAUUUGAAUAUAUACAUACGCAUGAAGAGAGAGCAUUUGUUUUGAAAUUCUCUGCAAUUGAGAUAUACAAUGAAGCUAUUAGAGAUCUCCUCAGUGCAGAUUCUACUCCUCUUAGAUUGCUAGAUGAUACAGAGAAAGGGACCGUUGUGGAGAAAGUUACAGAAGAAACACUUAAGGAUUGGAAUCAUCUACAGGAGCUCCUUUCUGUUUGUGAAGCUCAAAGACGGAUUGGAGAGACCUCACUAAAUGAAAAAAGCUCCAGAUCUCAUCAAAUUCUUAGAUUGACGAUUGAAAGUUCCGCUCAUGAAUUCUUAGGCAAAGAAAAUUCAACUACUUUAGCAGCAACUGUAAAUUUUGUUGAUUUGGCAGGAAGUGAGCGUGCAUCUCAGUCAUUAUCUACUGGGGCUAGAUUGAAGGAAGGUUGCCACAUAAACCGCAGUUUACUGACUUUGAGCACUGUUAUUCGUAAGCUAAGCAAGGGGAGACAUGGACACAUCAAUUACAGAGAUUCUAAGCUAACACGGUUACUGCAGCCUGCUUUGGGUGGCAAUGCUAGAACUGCUAUUAUCUGUACACUGAGCCCUGCACGGAGCCAUGUUGAGCAGACUAGAAAUACUCUUAUGUUUGCUUGUUGUGCAAAAGAAGUUACAAACAAAGCUCAGGUUAAUGUAGUCAUGUCCGAUAAGGCACUGGUUAAGCAAUUGCAGAAAGAGUUGGCGAGGUUGGAAAGUGAGUUGAGAAGUCCUGUGCCUUCUUCCUUAACCUAUGAUUAUGCUGCAUUACUUAGAAAGAAGGACCUUCAAAUACAAAAGAUGGAGAAGGAGAUGCGAGACUUGACAAAGCAACGGGAUCUUGCUGAAUCUCGAAUUGAGGAUUUACUGCGAAUGAUUGGAAAGGAGCAAACUUCAAGAAAUGGGGCCGUGACUAGUCACCGUCCUAAUCACCAAGCGAGGGAUACGUGGGAAGAUCAAUGUUCAGGAUCAGAAUCUUCAGGUAUUGCUGAUCAACAUUAUCCAUAUGGAGGUCUCAGAAAAUUCAACAUGAACCAUUAUGAUGGAGAUAGCGGGAGCAACAUGGAGGAACCAUACCACCUUCCGGAAAAUGAGGAAGAUGAUUCCGUCUCUGAUGCAACCUCAUCUUUGAUGUCAAUUGGAAAGAAGAUUUUUAGAUCAAAUUCAGGUGAGAGUACUGCAGUUGGACCGGCAGAGGAUGCUGAUGACUACUGCAGGGAAGUUCAAUGUAUUGAAAUAGAUGAGACAAGAAGGGAGAAUUACUAUGAACCCAAUUCCAGAAGAUUGGCUAUUACAAUGAUGGGGGAUGGUACUGCAGCAGGUCAGGAAUUAUCAACUGUAGCAAAUAGACAGAGGGAAGUGAACCGCAUCCAAAAUGGUUUCACAUAUGACAUGUUGGAUCAGAGAAUGCAUCAAGCUUCUACAGAAUCCUCAGCAGCUGACAUGUCAAGUUCUCCGAGCAUUAAGUUAACAAGGAGCUGGAGUCGUCGAGAGAAUCCCGUCAGCACCCCACCAAAUGGCAUUGAGAAAAACUUUACUGGGAGGCCAGAAAGCGUUCGAAGGAUUUUUCCUCCACUAAGUUAUGGUGACAAUACUGAAAUGUUAUCAAGAAAUGGUUCUCAGUCUUCUCUGGGUAGUGCGUAUACUGAAGAUUUCGGAACUCAGAGCAUCCAAGCUUUGGGCGAAGAGGAUAUACCUAGCGUUCAAAAUUUUGUUGAAGGAUUGAAGGAGAUGGCGGCCAAACAGGCGUAUGAGAAGCAAAUAGUUGACACUGACAGUCAGGAGACGAAUCGUACAUCUGAUAAUUUCGUAAAGGAUGCAAAAGAUGUUGGAUUAGAUCCAAUGUUUGAUGCUGUGGCAACUUCUAGCGAUUGGUCUUUGAUAUUCGAGAGUCAGCGGAGGGAGAUAUUUGAACUUUGGCAGACAUGCAAUGUUUCCUUGGUUCAUAGAACAUACUUCUUUUUGCUCAUUAAAGGUGACCCAACAGAUUCCAUAUACAUGGAAGUGGAGCUUAGAAGACUUUCCUUCCUCAAGGAAACAUUUUCUCAAAGCAGUCAAUCUGUAGGAGGUGGUCGAACAAUUACAUAUGCAUCAAGCAUCAAGGCCCUUCAUAGGGAAAGGGGAACGCUAAGCAAGCUAAUGCAAAAGAGAUUAUCAGAAGAAGAGAGAAAGAGAAUCUACCAGAAAUGGGGAAUCGGAUUGAACUCGAAACGGAGAAGACUACAAUUAUCUAGCCGCUUGUGGAGCAACACAAAGGAUAUCAACCACAUCACUGAGAGUGCAGCCAUAGUUGCAAAGCUGGUGAAGUUUGUAGAACAGGGACAAGGUCUGAAGGAAAUGUUCGGACUCAGCUUCACACCGCCGAGCUCAAGACGGAGGUCGUUGGGUUGGACAUACAGCAAUUAGACUCUAGCGUAAUCGUGCUGCAUUUGGAAAGUUUUACGAGUAGAACUGUGAUUUAUUAAAUUAGGUAGGUCAGAAUAUAGAAUUCUUUACAGGUCCGGAAACUGAGAUUGUUAGAUUUGUAAAAAGUUGUCGUAGCUUGUCUAAUGUUAAAAGUUCGAGUCGGUUUUGUUCAUUACGCUAUUUUUAAUGAAAAACGAUAGAUAGGUGGUGAGUUUGUGA